AUGUCGGAAAGCCACAUUCCUGCCUGGAAGAGAAUUUCUUUGAAGAAACAGACUCCAAAAAGUGAAAAUGAAGUUAAUGAGCAAAGCCAAUCUAGUAUAAUAGAUGAUGACCCAUUGAAUAUCACCACUCAUUUGUCCACAGGUAACUUGACAAAGAAGGAAAAAAAAAGAAUCAUCAAUGGUGAAAACAAACUAUCUAUCAAGAAAGAGAAACGGGUGUCGAAGCCUGGCACAAAGAAGAAGGAAAAAUUAUCAAAAGAGGAAAAGAACUCUAAAAAAAACAAAAUUCUUAGAGAUCAACUACGUUACUUAAUAGAAUUUUUCAAAACAAAGUCUGAAACAAAAUUUCCAAUCACCGUGCUAGAACUGGAAAGUGUGAAGGAAAAUUAUGGUGAUUCCUUAAGUAAAGAUGUAUCGGCAGACUCUGACGUUGUUGAAAUCUGGAAGUUUUCCAAACAGAAGCAAAACUGGCUUAUCAAGCAUUUUUUUAAUCUAGAUGAGAUUCCACCGGUAUACAAUGACCUUUUGCUUUUAUAUUUCAAGGAUUUACAAGGCAGAUCAAAAGAUGAACUAAUAUCGAAAUGUCAAAAGAAACUGAAACAAUGGAAUGAUUACGCGGAAGAUCAAGAGACAAAAAUAAAAGCGUUAGUCGAAGGGGAAAAAACUAGCGAGCAAGUUGAAGAAGAAGAAACGGAGGAAGGUGAGAAAAGUGACGAGCCUGUGAAAGAGGAAAAAGAAGAGGUACAAAUGCCUAACAAAGAGCUUAUUCAAAGAAGCUUGAAAUUGCUCGAAAUUUGGAAGGAUGAUGACUUGAAACCAAUAGAACUGAAAAAAUUUUCUAUUGACAUUUAA